CGCUCACUGAGAAAUACUUGGACACAGGAAGCUGCGGUGAAAUGGUGCGCUUUAUAAAAACACAGAGCCUAAAUCACUGAUAAGUGAUUAAAAAUAUUCUCUGAUUUUCCGCUAUUAAAGAAAUAACAGUUUCGACAUGGCCAGCGUUUUCCUGCACAACUAACUGAAACGGUGUUAAACGGCUGUAAAGCAGAGGUUUGACUGUGCAAUAAACCUCCAUGUUUUCCCUGUGCUGGAAACGUGAAAGGUGAGGACCUUAAAGCAAAAGUGCAAAGAUGAAAUCCACGCGUUAGUUUGUUGAAAAAAAUGACGGUUUUGCCUGCAGUAAGGGGCCUGAUGUCAAGACAAAAACACACCAGUCCACUGGGCAAAUGAAAUGAGAAAUAUUCAAGCACUGAAUAUGUUAUAUGCCAUCUCACCACACCUGGAUAAUCAAAACGCAGAGUCUGAAAAUUACUUCAAAUUGACAUUGCAAAUAAAUUUCACAGCAUCUGUCUCCCUUGGUCGAACUAAAAAGGGGUCUCAUCUAAGUCGCUCAGAGUCUUUCCCUUGUCUUCAACUUGAGAAGUUUAAGGAAGAGUCUAAUAAGUUUGGUGAACUGAUAGAUGAAAAAGAAAGACUUGUGGACCGAAGCUUAGUCAUCAGAAUGGCUCAGCAGUGUGAAGAUGACCUACCAGCAGGCCUUAUUCCUCCAGUUGAAAUAGAUGAUGAGGAAGGUGACAUAACAUGGGCUGAGAAGUCAAACAAAUGUUUGGACAAACCUUUCAAGAAAAAAGGAAAUACAGCAAAAGUAAAACAUGGUGCAUCAGAUCCAAGAAAGAGAUAUAAAGGCAAACUGAGGAAGGCACAAAAACAUAAGAGCCAUUGCUGUGGCAAAGCCAGUGAUGGCAGGACAACGCUGAAAAUGCAAACAAAGGAGCACGGAGAAGCAUUCAGAUGUGAAACUUGUGGGAAAGAUUUCAAACGUUCGGACCUUCUCACAGACCAUGUGAAGGUGCACAAGCGAAAGAGACCAUACCCUUGUGAUGAGUGUGGAAUGAUGUUUGCCAAACCUGCUUAUCUAAAGAUUCACCUGCGCAGACAUGCUGGAGAGAGGACUUUCACUUGUGACCAGUGUGAGAAGAGGUUUUUUGAUAAGUAUGACUUAAACGUGCAUCUACGAGAUCACACAGGAGAGAGACCAUAUGUGUGUCCAGAGUGUGGAAAGGGCUUCAAGCGUAUUUAUAUACUGAACAAACACAAGAGGACUCAUUCAAAAGAAAAACCUUUUCAGUGUAAUGUCUGUGGAAAGGCCUACAGAUAUGUUUAUAGUUAUAGGUUGCACAUGAAGGACCAUUCUGCCUAGAUUUCAUGUGAUUAUACAGCUGCUUGUAAACAGAUGAAUGUAUGAAAACAAUAAAUUAAUCUCGUUUAAGGAUGCAAAAUUUUCUAUUUAUUUUGGACUUUUAAGUUAUUGCUCUUGGCCUGUGUAUAACUUGAUCCAGAAUGCCAUCUGUCAUUAUUUAGUGAAAAUAUAAACAGCUGCUGUAAUGCUUAGUUCAGUUUUAACUUUGAUUUCUAAGCAUGUAUGACUAUGAAACUAUGUGAUUACUUGUGUAGAGUGCUGAAAUCUAGAUACUCUUGUAAUAUCAAUACAGCCUGUUUGUCAUGCACAUAAUGAUAGUGUAGCAGAGUGAAAUAAAAGGAUGACACAAUA